UCUUAAUUCGUUGAUUGAUUACGAUGGCUUCGUUGACCGCUGAACUUCCGCCCUUCUAGACCGAUGAAACCCUGGUUCCGCGUUGAGGCUCUCACGAUGUCAGUCUAUUGCGCCCCCACCAAAGAGGCUUGCGUCUACAUGCUUCUGCGCCCUUUGACGACCGACGACGGGGGUACGCGUGUCAGAUAGGACUCACAGAAGUGAGGCUCGGAAUUAGACGUAGCCAAGUUGCAUUUGUUCGACCGCCAGUCGUCUCGCCACAGUGUUGUAGGAAGCCAUCCGCGGACAACCGCCACCAAGACCCGCUCCGAGUGUGGGGAUUUUGGGUCCAAAGAGGGAGGUGGCAUGGAUUUCAGACUAAAUAUAAAGAGGCGCCACGCUUCCAACGGUUGCUUCCGGGCAGCCUCUUGAACUCGACAAGGCAUUGAGACGAAGAGAAACGCGAACGCGCCAUUACACAACACGAUGGACUCCCAAGAGUUUCGCGAGGCGGCCAAGGCGGCCAUUGACGAGAUCACUGAAUACUACGACAAUGUCGCCUCUCACCGCGUCGUCGCCGACGUCAAGCCGGGCUACCUGCGUCCGCUACUCCCCGCGUCAGCGCCGCUCGACCCGGAGCCGUGGUCGGCCAUCCACGCCGACGUGCAGUCCAAGAUCCUGCCGGGCAUCACGCACUGGGCCAGCCCGCGCUUCAUGGCCUUCUUCCCGUGCUCCGGCAGCUACCCGGCGGCGCUGGCCGAGAUGUACUCCAACACCUUCAACGGCGCCCACUUCAACUGGAUCUGCAGCCCGGCCGUCACGGAGCUGGAGACGGUCGUCAUGGACUGGCUCGCCCAGGCGCUGGCGCUGCCCGAGUGCUACCUGAGCGGCGGCAGCACGCACGGCGGAGGCGUCAUCCACGGCAGCGCGAGCGAGGCCAUCCUGACCGUCAUGUGCGCCGCACGCGACAAGUACCUCAACGCCGUGACGGCCGACCUGGCCCUCGACAGCGAGGAGCGCGAGGAGGCCCUCUGGAAGCACCGCAGCAAGCUCGUCGCCAUGGGGAGCGCGGGCGCGCACUCGAGCACCAAGAAGGCGGCGCAGGUCCUCGGCGUCCGCUUCGUCACGAUCCCCAUCUCCGAGGAGGCCAGCUUCUCCAUGACGGGCGCCGCCGUGGCCCAGACCGUCGCCGACCUGCGCGCUCGCGGCCUCGAGCCCUUCUACCUCACCGCCAGCCUCGGCACCACCGACGUGGCCGCCGUCGACGACUUCGCCGGCAUCGCCGAGGCCCUCACGCCCACGGCCGGCACUGCUCACGAUAUCUGGGUGCACGUCGACGCGGCCUACGCCGGCUCCGCGCUGCUCCUCGAGGAGAACCAGCCCCUGACGACGCCGCUCGCGCACUUCCACUCGUUCAACUUCAACCCGCACAAGUGGAUGCUCACCACCUUCGACUGCUCGGCCGUGUGGGUGCGCAGCCGCGCCUGGCUGAUCGAGGCCCUGAGCAUCAAGCCGCACUAUCUGCGCAACGAGUACAGCGACAACGAGCUGGUGACGGACUACCGCGACUGGCAGAUCCCGCUGGGCCGCCGCUUCCGCUCGCUCAAGCUGUGGUUCGUCCUGCGCAGCUACGGCAUCCGCGGCCUGCAGGCGCACAUCCGCAGCGGCGUCGCCCUGGGCGAGAGCCUCGAGGCCAAGCUGGUGAGCCGGCCGGACCUGUUCUCCAUCUUCACGCCGGCGCGCUUCGGCCUCGUCACGCUGCGGGUGGCCGGCGCCGACGAGGCCGAGAUCAACGCCCGCACCGAGCGCGUGUACGAGGGCAUCAACGCCGCGGGCGAGUUCUACCUGACCAGCACCAUGGUCAACGGCAAGUUUGCCAUCCGCGUGUGUACGGGCGUGGAGCGUGUCGCCGAGGAGCAUGUCCAACGCCUGUUUGAUGUGCUAGUGGAACGAGCCGGUGUUGAGGUGGACAAGAAGGCUUGAGUGCGAAGAACAUGAUGGAAAAGACUGUUCAAGGUUGACUAGACCCUACAACAUGGCAAGGAGUUCAUAGACGCUCACUGGGGCUGGGUCGGUUGAGAUACCUCGCCCCAAAGCGAUUCGAAUUAAAUACCAAAUAUCGUU